AUGUCGGCCACAAAUAGAGCCAAAAAGUUAUUAGAUCUUGCUAUGUCCGGUACUCUAAUUAAAGAGACAAAAUAUAUAAACACCAACACAAACAAAUGUGACGCCAAUGUCAAAUUGUACAUCAAUCAAGCAAAAUGUAAAAUGAUACAGAAAUGGAUUAAUAAUAUUAAGAUACCAUCUGAAGAAUUAUGUAAUGGCUCAGAAUACAACAUUGCUGAUGUCCACGGUGCAGUUCCAGUGAAAAAUGUUGAGACUGAAGUAAAAGAAAUUAACUAUCCUCUUAAAGAAUCGCCCGAAAUAUUGCCAGAUUAUGAAAAAAGUGAUUUAAUAAAAUUAUUUAAAGUCUUUUCUUUGUUUAAAAUUACAACCAAAUACUCAUAUUUCUACUCAUUUAAUUCUACAUCAUAA